AUGAUGCAAAGGGUGCUGAUACCGAGACUACGAACGACACGACUUGGGUGGAAAGUGGCCAUUCGAUCUAUAUCAACUCAAGCUGAGCAUUCGACUAUCCUCGAGGGGCCUCAAUCGUACAAAAAUCCAAUUGCACAACAGUAUCACAAUGAGUUCACAACCUAUUUGGCCGAUCCUAAAGUACCGAAUACGCUUUUGAAAAAGCUUGUUUACUCCAAGAUUGAAUCCUUAGUAGAGCAUUCCAUCGGAGAAGAAGGUGUGGACGUCCUAGGUUUUGUCUUGAAAAACUUUAAUAAGAACAGAUCAGACGAACAAUUACCAUUGCAACUAUCUAUUAAAAUAUUCAACAGCAUGCACCAACAUUUACUUCUGAUGCGUCCCGACUUUCUUGAAGGAAUCAUGCGGCAGCUAGUUGCAAACGUUCACACACUACCGGACGAGACACUAAUCUUGGUGUUGGAUUUCAUAGCUGGCCAGCAAGUGAAGGUUGAGCAAUUUCUCCAUCGGUUGGAGUUUAGGAUUAAUGAUGAGUUUAUGACCAAGUAUAUUGAGUUUAUGAAGAGUCAAAAUAAGCUAACUCUUGACGUAUUCGAAUCCAUGUGCAAGAUACGAGUCAAUGAUUCUUUGAUAUUUGCGUUGAAUGGAUAUGUUGAAAAAUUGUAUGGUAACAACUUACCACCAAUUCACUGCUAUGAUGAUUUAGAGCGGAGCUUGGAUAGAGUUCAAAUGUUGGUUUGCAGUGUUAUCGAAAGUCUUGAUGAGAGGAGCCUGUCUAUUUCUGCAUUGUUUACUAUCUUUAAAUUGAAUGAAGAGUUUUUGCAAGUACUGGCUAGCUGCUCACUGGCCGUGCGUGGUGGAGAGAAACUUAUACGCGGACUAUCCUCUAGGUUCAAGGAGGUACUCAACUCACUCAGAGGUCAAUCGGAGCCGGAUGACGCAUUGAUUGAAGCGCUCAUGUAUGCAGCAAGGGGAACUGACACAAACUUCUGCAAUGCCUUGGCGGAGCAUAUUUUGGCUGAUCCGAAAUACGCACAACAAAUAAAGGUAGGGGCAAAAAUUAUCGACACUUCCCUAACUCAAGAGAGUUUGGAGAGCAUAUUAAAAUCUGAAGAAAUGACUGAACAAAUGUUUGAAGUGGUGAUACAAGCAGUUUCAAAAUCUCAUCCACACUUAUCAAAUUUUGCAUUUGAAUUCUACAGACGUAACGGAUUGCUUCCAUCAGCAAAAGUGUUCAAGUCGAUGCUUGAUAAGGCAAUAAACGACAAUGAUUAUAAAUUAGCAUUCAAAAUAUUUAAUGAUUCAACGACGUACAUACAAUGGCCAGAUUACUACAACGACCUCACGAUUUCCAAAACGCUCAACGAUCUCAUUCAAUGUGUGGUGUUAAACAUACCAAUCAGAGAGUCCUUUCCCAUGUUUCGCAAAAUAAAAGCUCAGCUUCAACAACAAAUAAAUGUUGAUUCCAUAAAUGCAUUGGCUUCGGCUAUGUUGGAGGCGAAUUUGGUGGGUGACGUACUUGAGAUGCUCAAGAGGGAACUACCUAAUAUCAAGGAUGAGAGAUUGAGACUCCCCAUUGAUAAACCAUUUGGGUAUAAAUACCUCAAGUUGUUCAACACUCUCCACACUUAUGCCAUUACCAACACAUUUGAUAAAACAGUAACUAAUAACUGGUACUUGUUCACGCACUUGUACAAGUACUUUCACAUUCCAGAGGAUCGUAUACUCCCCACACUUCGAUUCUUCUGCCAACAUGACAGAUUGAAUGGUGCAUUACUAAUAUUCAAUAAAAUGGUGGAUCAGCAUCAGUUGCAUGGCAACCACUCAUUUCAACCACCAUCACCAGAAAUGUACAUGUACCUCUUGAGUGAGUUUGGUGAUAAGUUGUACGAAGAAGGUGUGAUUCAACUUCAUGAUUGGUUGAAAAUGGACACAAACAUUCCACGAGUGGACCUACAGCUUACCAAUGUGAUUAUGAAUGCUUAUUGCAAUUUGCAGGAUGUGGCAAAAGUACGUGACUUGUUUAUUGCUGCAAGUAUCAAUGAUAAAGUUGAUGAAGAGAGUGCCGUGAUCAUGAUCAAAGCUUACACUUACAAUGACCUACAUUAUGUCGAAAAAUUUUGGGACAAUCUUUCGAAAUUUGACUUGAUUCCGAAUUACGACAUGUACAAACAGUAUUUGAUUGCGUAUUCAUAUUAUGGCAAGACGGAAAGGGCCUUUGAAUUGGUUGAAAAGAUUGACGAGUAUGAUUUGGCCGUCAAUGAGGACUUGUUGCUUAAUCUACACAACUAUUGUUACAUUGAGGACAAACAACAGGAGAUCAAGGACUGGGCAAAGACCAACUACGCAACAUUGUGGAGCAAUGUGGUAAAAUCGGGUUUGCUUGUGGAGGCAACUGGCUAUAAACCUCAUGAACAUUUCUUAGUGGAUGGCUCUAUCGAUGAAAAGCCAAAACUUGUGGAAUAA